UGUACCCUACUGUUCCUUUGGAUUCCUCGCGCGAUCCUCGCGCGGCGCGCGCGUGCUCCGAACUAUCGCGCAUCGCGCAUUACCCUUCUUUCGGUUUCUUCAUGCUUAUAGUGCUUCUAUUCCCGUUGUCGUCGGCAACAGGUAUAGCAGGUGUGUGUCUAAGACGAUUCAAAGGGAAAUUGAAAGAAGCGAUUGAUACACGAUCGAAAGUGAUUCGAUGAACAUUGAGGAUUAACAUAAGUGUCGUUAUGUUUGCCAAGUCGAAAAGUAGUGGCUCGACACCGAGCGUUCUACUUCCUAAUCCUCUUCAGAAUUUGUACGACGUUGGCAAACAAACGGCUACAGCAGGACCCGAAAACGCCUGGCGUAUAUACAAUGGAUACACAAAAGCGGAUCGAAAGGAAGUUUCGAUAUUUUUCUUUGACAAAAGAUCGGUCGAUAAACUUCACAAGCCGAAGCGGAAAGAAGCGGUUACGGAAAUUUUACGAAACGGAGCACGACAAAUGGAACGAGUUUCUCAUCCAAAGAUUCUGCAGGCAUAUAAGGUCGAAGAAUGCGCUGAUAGUUUGGCAUUCGCGUCUGAGCCAGUUCUCGCUAGUCUUGCGAAUGUUUUAGCUUAUCAAGAGCAACGAGCGAAUAACGUCGGCCAAUCGUCGACUAACGUAACGAAACAAACUUCUUCAACCCCUAGUCAUCGUGCUCCGUUCACGAAAGAGUACGAGUUACUCGAUAUAGAGAUCAAAUAUGGAUUAUUGCAGAUCACAGAGGCUUUACUUUAUCUUCACGGAACACGCAAAGUCCUUCACAGGAACGUUUGCCCCGCGAGCAUAAUAAUUACCAAAAGGGGCACUUGGAAAUUGUCAGGCCUCGAAUUUAUCGAAAAAAUGAAGGAAUUGCCAAUGAUAUCGUUGCAACCUUGGACCAAUCGCAUGUCAAAAAUGACGCAACCGAAUCUCGAUUACAUAGCACCGGAAAUACAGCAAAAGAAAGAGGGGGGUUUCUACAGCGACAUGUACAGCUUUGGUAUGACAAUAUGCGCAAUUUUCAAUCAAGGCCGACCAUUGAUUCAAGCGAAUCAUAACUGUUCCGAGUAUUUAAAGCAAUUAGAAAACCUCGAAGAACAAGUUCAUGUGAUAUUACCUUUAGUUCCUCUUCCUCUUCGAGAAGCUGUUUCUCGACUUUUACACAUCGAUCCAGAGAAGAGGCCAACCAUUCAAGUUUUAUCCAUGAUCAAAUAUUUUCAAGAUCCACCCGUAUACGCGCUUCAAUUUCUCGACGUCAGUAAGAUGAAAGACGCGUUGCAAAAGGAGCAUUUUUAUACAACCACUUUAAAAGGAAUAUUACCUUAUAUACCAAGGAAACUUUGGUAUCAACAUAUUUGGACGUAUCUGCAAACUGAAUUGGAAAGUGAAGAAGUUCAAUCGGCUGUAUUACAACCGGUGCUUUAUAUCGUACAAAAUAGUACACAAGAGGAAUACGAUCAAAUUGUAUUUCCAUCGUUACGAUCGCUUUUUUCGAAUCGUAAAUCGGUUCACGGAACGGUUACCUUGCUGGAAAAUUUGCAUUUGAUAUUAAAAAAAACAUCUCGAGAAUAUAUAGAAAGCGAAGUGCUUCCGAUGUUGUACACAUCCUUUGAGAAUUCAACUACUCAAGUGCAGACUGCAGCGUUCGUAGCCGUGUCGAAUGUGACCGAUUACAUACACGAUGAGGCUGUUCGAAACAUCGUGUUGCCGAAAUUACUUCAAGCAUUUGAAAAAAAUUUAGUGGAUUCCCGAAUACUUAUGAACGUGAUACCCUGUAUUUUAAAUCGUUUGGAAAAGCAGAAAAUCAUCGAUUGUAUCUUACCAUUAUUGUUCAAUGUAAAACUUCAAGAACCGGAGAUAAUCGUUCGGGUUGUAAAGAUUUACAGAUUAAUGUUAAACGACAAAAAAUAUGGAUUAUCUGUGAAUUGGAUGGCGACCAGAGCAAUGCCUUCUUUACUACCUCAAACUAUUAACCCAGCAUUGAAUCUCGAGCAGUUUGAACUACUUCUCAAAGUGUUGCAAGAUAUGCUGAAUCAUAUCGAAAGGAACCAGAGGAAUCAAUUGACGCUGGAUAAUUUGUCAUUAUCGAGCCCGGAACGGUAUCGAAGUUUACGACAUCAGCACAGUACGGACAAUAUGUACGUUGCCCCCUUUAAUAUACCAAAUCUACGUAUCGAGCAACGUAAAACUUCUUCGGCUGAAGACAUGGCUCGAAAAAAUAGCACGAAUUCGAUGUCGACGACAGUUUCAGCUGAAAACAUGGCAAGAAAGAACUCGAUGAUAACCAUGUUCAGAUGGUUCUCAUCAUCGAACAACGAUAACAGUAAUUUCUUAAAAGUGACGAAUACCUUUACGAGCAGACGGUUAUCGGAUAAUACUCUGAUGACACCGAAAAUACGGGUAGCACCAUCGUGCGAAAGUUCACCAGGUGCUACACCAGGUGAUGGAUUACCCAUUCGACGACAUUCGAGCACCGGUCCUCAAGACCGACGGGGAUCUAACAUAAAUUUAUCGCCCCCCUUGGGUGGAAUGCCGAUUACCAGUAGCAGUGUUCCGUACCUGGUUAGCUCGAGCAUGAAUAGCAUACGCGGCUCGAGACGUCCUUCUGUCUCUUCAACGUCUUCCCAGCAAGGACUGCUGCAGCAGGUUGGCUCCAGCAUGGUAAGACAACAACCCCCCAUCUGCCUCAACCUCAAUGGACUACCACCACCAUCACCACCACCACCACAACCACCACCACCACAACCAACACUUUCUCCAUUACUCCAGCUACCGGGACAGUCUUUCCACUGACCCUCCGUCACAGUUAUCAAUUCUUCAACAAACAAUUCGAUGGUUAAAUCUUUCGUCGAAGAUCAAGUUUCGUAAGAUAUUUACGUUAAAAUUAACAACAUAAGGAACAAUUGGUUACCGUCCGUGCGACAAAAGGAGACAUAGAGGAACGAAAAAAAAUAAUUUUAUAACCAUCUCCUAUUAACGAUAAAAUGGUAAUUUGUUUCGUUUAUUAUUGCUACACUGCUACAUAUCUAAUCGUAACAGUGCCGUUCUUAGAUCGGUAAUCAUCUAGAUAUAAAAAUAAUAUCGCCGUUCUUAGUUCAAUAUUAUUUAACAAUUUGAUAUGCAAUGUUAAGUUUUAUGUUUAUAUACGAAUAAUUAUAAACAGUUAUAUAGUGCAAAAGAAAUAUUUUUUUAAUUUUCAUUUAUAUUAAAUGAAACAAAUAUAUCAUAAAUAUAAAUAUAAAACUAGAACAUAACAAAAAUUAUUAAUAUUCUGUUUAAUGAAAGUAAAAGAAAUUAAUUUCACCAUAAAUUUACAUUACUUACUUUUUUUUUAAUGCAAAUUUGUCAAUUAUUUUCAACAAAUCUAAAUUUUUACCAAUAUUUUUUUUAUAUAUAAUUAUCAAUUAAAUUAAAUUAAAUACAUAAUUAUUAAUCAAAUAAGUUUUAUAUAAAAUAUAUAAUCUAGUUGGUUUUGACUAUCCAGAGACAUUUAGAGCAUCCAAUCAGGAACGGCACUGAACGUAUAUAUAUAAAUAACUUUUAUCCUUAAGAUAUAUUCCACUACACUUAUUUACAUACAUAAUAAAUUGGACCUUGAAAACGUAUCGGUGAAGAUCACUUCUAUAAAUGAGCACGGACUUUGAUUUCUUGUAAAGAAAUUAAACGACUUGAGACCUUUUAAAGUGGCCUAACCUCAUAAAAAUUACAUUAGUUAUAUUAUCUGUGUCAUUAUUCAAAAUUCCAAUAAAGUAUGGAUGUGUAUAAAAAUACAUACACACAUGUACCAUCUGUAAUUGCAAUUGUAAUUGCAAUGUAAUUUAUGGAACAAUUUGCAACGAAUUCAUGAAUUGAAUAAUAAAUGAAAGUAACGCAAUAUAUAAUAGGAAAAUGGGAAUAUAUGUACGUAUUUUGUAUCGAAAAGAGAAAAAGGGGAAGGACUUUUCAAUAUUUAUUCUCGCAUUAAGUUUUGUUAUUUUAACUCAACAUCGAUUACAUAUACAUAUAUACAGUCAGUCACAAAAGUUUUCAAUCUUACAUUAGUUCAAUAAAAAAUUGCUUUAUUGAAACAAUAAUUUUGUUUUGUAUGAAACAUAUAACGUAAUUUUUUUAUUAAGAGGAUUAAAUCAACUUUUAAAAGUAUCGUAUUUUUAUUUUUUUAAAAAUAUAUAUUUUUACAAAAUAGAAAAUUUUUAAUUAUUAUUAUAUCAUUAAAAUAUUUAAAUUUUGUGUAUUAUUAUCUAGAUACUCUCAGAAAAAAUGAAAAAAUAAUAGUAAUAAUAAAUAGUUCGAGAGUUGAUUUCAGAAAGAAAUCAAAUAUUCAAAGAAAUUUUUCAUCAAAAAAGAAAUUAGGUAUAAUAUUAUAAUAAAUACACUUUAAUUAAAAUCGGGAAUUUCGAAUUAAAUAUAUAAAGAAUAAAGAUUUUGUGUCUAACUGUAUAUUUAUAUGUAUAUGAUAAAAUGAGGUUUUAUAUAUAUAUAUAUAUAUAUAUAUAUCAUAUUACACGAAUAAUUUGUAAAUAUAUAUAUAUCUAACUUUUAUUGAACAAUUAAUAAAAUUAAAAUGCUUCUUUCUUUUUCCAUUUCUUUCUAUUAUUUUUUCUAUAAAUUUCAAUUCAUUUUUGCAAUAAAAUAUGUAUUGAUGUAUGUGUAAUUCCAAGUCAAUUGUAAUACAAAUAAUUAUCUCAGAUUUUUUUAUUCUUUUCUCUAAAUGUUUAAAUCUAGAAAAAGAAAAAGAAAGAAAGGGAAAUAAUAAUUUCGAGAGAACAUAAUAUGAUCAAAGUUAUUUAUUUUUCUGAUUGAAAAUCAAUCAAUCGAAAGAAAUGACAAUGAGUGAUUUUAAAAGAAAAUAAGUUUAAUGUCAAUUGCAUAUACAUAUAUUAUGUCCACUUAUGAUAAAAGAAUAUAUACAUGCGUAUAAGAAAUAUUUAAAAGAUAAGACGUGUUAUAUAGAAUUAGAAAUAUUUAUGUAUAAGUUGUGUGUUGCAAGUUGAUAGAAAGAAUGGAUAUCAAAAUGGAAUAUGAAUAUCAAAAUUACUUUGCAGAGAAUGCAUUUUAAAACUAUCAUGUCUAUAUAUUUCGAUAUACAUAUAUACAUAUCAAAUGCGCAUAUUUGCGCGCAUUACACUUUAAAUAUCUAUAUACUUUGGCAACAAUUUCCUCUACUCGAUUGUAUUUAAAAUUUUUUUAAUCCUAUAAAAAUGUAUUGUUAUAAUAUAUUGAUAUUUCUAUAUUUUGGAAUGUAUGUACGUAUGUGUAUAUGUUUGUGUGUAUAUGUUUGUAUGUAUUUACGCGCGCGCGCGCAAAUAUAUGUACGAUCGAUGUGGAUAUAAGAGAAUGAAAAAAAAAAAAAAAAAGAAGAGAAAAAUGCGUGUGUGUUUAAAAUGUAAAUACGUAUUUGCAGGCGACAGAGACUGAUUGUUUUUCUGGAGUAUUAUAUGACACUAGAAAACAAAGUGUCCUUAAGGUGUUCGGGAUAAGAAUUAUUUCACGUUUGUGCUUGAUCACAAUUCUGAUCGUACAGAAAUCGUUAAAUAAUGCGUGGACAAUCGUGGACAAUCUUAUAGGCAAUCUUGGACAAUCGUCGACAAUCAGAAACGAACAGGAAAAAGUCGAUACAAACGAAUUGUAAUGACGUAUUCGUGUUCUUAUGAAAAUUAUCUUUUGAUAAUUAUUCAACAAAAUUGUAAUUUAUCAAAAAUAUUUGAACGUGCAUAAUACAUUGUGAACUCGAUACAUUGAAUCAUUGUUGAGAAAGCGAAUCUUGAGAUCUCAUGUAUCCAAGUAUAUGUAUAUGUAUCGUGAUUAUAAUAGAAACAGAAAAUGACAAUCAUUCGAACAAAAGUACGGAUUAUUAGGAAUUUUGGGCUCUUGCAUUUUUUUUUUUUUUUGACCAGUCGUGUAUGUAUCGGUCAAUAAUGCAGAGUUCUGCCCGAAAUGCAUGUAAUCUGGUAAAAAAUUUCAUAACUAUUUAUUAUUUUGUUUUUUAAAUAUUUUUCUUUAUAUAUAAUUUUCUUUUUAAAUCUCAUCGUUUUUGUCAUUUUUUUUUUGCCAUCGUUUACAUUCUCUUUGCUUUUAUCUAUUAGUGUUUCUGCUUUUACGAUCGUUUUUAAUUUUAUGUUAGAACAAUCUUUGCUUUCGAUGCAAAUAAAAAAGUACAAAAAUUUUAUCGUAAUGAGAAAUAUUUUACGUUAGAAUAUUUUUCAGUAUUAGGGAUCCAGUAUUAUAUCCACAUGCGACGAGUAAAUAAUAAACCAACAAGAAAUAUAUAGUUAUAAUGUGUCGAUAAUUGUAAAAAAUCCGCCUUUGCUUCUGUUUAUCUUUAUGCAACAUGUAUCGGGCUUCAAAUUAUGUACACGUAUUCAAAUGAUAUUCUUAUUGAAACGUAUUCUCAUUGAUGCAAUAUCGUUUACGAUAUUGUUACAUAUUGUCAUUUUCAUCGUUAUUCCGUAAUUAUGUAUGUGCAAGAAAGAAUACGUCAACGAGUAAUGUGCUCAAUAGACUUCCUAUCGAAAAUAGAUGUUAAACUCGUCCGAAUGCAAUUAUUCAUUCUCCAUGAUAUAUUGUUCGUGCACAAGCAACAUCCUUUUUCGACUAAUUAAUCCGUUCUUGUUAUUAAGUAUAUAUAUUUCCUGUAUCUCUUUCGAAAGAUGUACUAUAAUAAAAACGAUGGUAAUCGAA